CCUGUGGCCAUUUUAGACUUGGUAAACUGAAAUAUAAAUAAAUAAAACGUCUCACUCACCCGCGCUUCCAUUUAUCAUAUCACAAAGGGUCGUUAGACAAAAAGCAUCCAAGAUUUCAUCGAGAAGAAACUGGUAAUUUGAGGAAAUUGUGAGGGAGAAAUGGAUUAUGAGCGGAGGGGUGGUCGAGGCGAUCGCCUUGGUCGCUAUGGUGGUUCUCAUAAUGAUCACAACUUCAGGGACAUGGACUAUCGUGGUUAUGGGCAAGAGGAUGAGGAGGGAGUCCAUGAAGUCAGAAUGGAGGAUGAUGGGUUAUACAUGCCUGAGGAGUCGCCUGUAGGUGUUCAUGAGUUCCCAGCAGGGUUUCAAGGUUCCCCACAUUUUCACCGAAGAGGAAACGCAAGAGGUGACAUGGGCCGUGAGGGAAACAGCCCCCUGUGGCCUCCCUUUUCUCAGUCACAUCCUGAUGGUGCACAUCUCAUCCUUCAAAGUGAGGAUGACGGAUUCAGACAAGACUUUGAGCAGAUACAGAGCAGUCUGCAGGGAAGGGGUCGGCAAAGAGGUGGAAGAGGGUUUCCAGAAAGCAGGGGUUCGUGCUCCGGGGUGAGGGAUGCUAACUGGGUUCCCCGUCCUGAGCAGAUAGAGUUCAGAUCGAGAGAUGAGGACAGGGGAUCUCGUGGCGGUGGAAGGCGGAGAACUUUUCCAGAAGCAGCAGAAGAAGGUGGCUGUGAAAACAUAGGACAAGACCUGUCUGCAGAGGAACUGGAUCAGAGAGACCAGGACUACCGUGCUGACUUGGACCAGAACCAGAGGCCCAGUAACAUCAUCAUGCUUCGCAUGCUACCACCAAAUGCCACAGCAAACGAGAUUCGGGCACAACUUCAGGAGCAGGGGAUCCAACCGAGAGAAGUUCGCCUUAUGAGGAAUAAAUCAUCCGGUCAGAGUCGAGGAUUCGCCUUCGUCGAGUUUAAUCUCAUACAGGAGGCCACCCGCUGGAUGGAGACCAACCAGGGAUUGCUGUUGAUUAUGGGACAGCGAGUGUCUAUGCACUACAGUGACCCCAAACCAAGAGCCAAUGAGGACUGGCUCUGUAACAAGUGCGGUGUCCAAAACUUCAAAAGAAGAGAGAAAUGCUUUAAAUGUGGCGUGCCAAAGUCAGAGGCUGAGCUGAAGCUGCCACAGUUGCCAAAGGAUGUGCCUCUUGUGGUUCAGAAGGAAGGGACCCAAGGCUUGCUGCCUCUGCCAGUGUCCUACCAACCUGCUGGUCCCAGUGUUCUCCCCCGUCCUGCUCCGCAGCCAGCAGAUGUUGCAAAUGACACUUUGAUUCUUAGAAACCUUGGUCCUCAUACGACAGUCGAAGCCAUUUUGUCGGCAUUGGCUCCAUUCGCCACCCUCUCUUCUUCCAACGUUCGCCUGAUCAAGGAUAAACACACACAUCUAAAUAGAGGCUUUGCUUUUCUGCAGCUUUCUACAAUAGUGGAGGCCUCACAGCUGCUUCAGAUUCUGCAGGCUCUCCAGCCCCCCUUAUCUAUUGACGGCAAGGCUAUUGUAGUGGAGUUUGCCAAAGGUUCCAAACGUGACGUCUUUGUGACUGAGGGGAGCAGAGUGAGCGCUGCUACAGUGGCCAGCACUGCUAUAGCUGCUGCCCAGUGGGCUAUAUCACAGAACAAUCCAAAUGGAUCAGGUGAUGGUGCAGCAGUUUACCAGCAGGGGGCAGCAGUAACUUAUGCUCAAGAGGGGCAGGCUUACCCUGGGCCAGACACAGACUCCAGGAUUGCAGCCCUGCCUGGUGCAGGAGUAGCACUAAAUGGAGCAUACUCAGGAGGAGGGAACCCAGCUGUUAUUUCAUCUGAGGCUGUAAAACUUGGUUCAGCAGCUGGGCAGCUGUCUGCCAUCCCAGCAAUCCUCACACCAGCCACACAGGCUGAGAUUGUUGGAAAACCACAACCAGCUGCUCCAAGUCAACCUGCCACCCCCGGCACUGAACAUGAGCUCAAACAAUAUCCUGUACCAGAUGUCUCCACCUACCAGUAUGAGGAAAGCUCAGGUUUUUAUUAUGACCCAUUCACAGGACUCUAUUAUGACCCAAAUUCUCAGUACUACUACAACUCUAACACUCAGCAGUACAUGUACUGGGAUGGAGAGAAGCAAACCUACACUCCUGCUCCCAGCCAAUCAAACGCUGAAGCCACUCUAAAGGAUGGUGCAUCCUCUUCAGACACCACUGCAAGCAAAGAAAAGAAAGAGAAACCGAAGAGUAAAACUGCUCAACAGAUUGCCAAAGAUAUGGAGCGCUGGGCUAAAAGUCUCAACAGGCAAAAGGAAAACAUGCGUUCUGUCUCUUCGUCACCUGCUGUCGGCUCUUCCUCCCGAGGACGCUUGGACGAUUACAGGGAGUCUGCAAGUGCUGAUGCUGGCUACGCUGUUCUGGAGAAAAAGGGCGCGCUGUCUGAAAGAACUCAGAGUUUUCUGGACCAGAUCCGACAAAGUACAGAGCAGCAUUCGCCACCUCAGCAGUCUGGUCUGGUCCCGGCCUACAGUGCAGAAACUGACAGUGAAGAUGAAGGAGCAGACAAAGACGAGAAGGAAGGCAGACUGACAGACUGGGUGAAGCUGGCCUGUCUGCUCUGUCGAAGGCAGUUCCCCAGCAAAGAGGCUCUCAUCAGGCACCAACAGCUCUCUGAACUCCAUAAACAAAACCUGGAGCAAAGAAAAGCUCAGAUGGAAGCUUUUGGCAAGGAGAGACAAAUGGAUGGAGGUGAACCACCAGAAGCUAAAAAGAGGAAGUUUAGUCCAACAGAUUUGUCAGGAACCAGUCUUGGUGAAAGGAUGCUGCAAGGAGGCGUUAAGAAGGGGCUCCUGUCGCGCAACAUGCAUGUGGAGUAACCACUUGCUUUUUAAAAAUUCUCCUGCCACAGGAAAUAUAUUUUGUUUAAAGUUAACAUCUUAUAGAACCUCUUACUUUUGGACAAAUAUAAUAAUUACCUCAACUAUGGUAAUAGUCUCAUGAAGUGUUCCUGUAGCAGUAAACAUUGGAAUAUUGCACAAAUUGCACCUUUUUGCUUGCUUCCUACAUAAUGCAGUUUUCAUUUCUCAUUACCUUUUGUAAUAAAAUUUGUUAGCAUAGAUAAAUAUUUGCUGCUUGAAAUUUCAAGAUCGGUUGAGAACAGAUAUUUUUGUCAGCGAAUGAGAAUUUGUAAUAUCUGUCUAUGCACCAUGUUCUUUUGGUUUUUCUUUAAACAUGCAUGCCUUGUCACUCAGUAAAUGAAUGAUCUGGGCAUAAAGUGUAUAUUUUUAGGUGAGCACUUCUCUUCACCCGUUCAGGCUAACACUUUAACCCCUGAACGUGAUAAAGCUUUGCUUCGCCGUUAGUUUGUAGAUGAAUUUAAAAAAGGGUCAUUGUUUCUCACUUUUAUUUUACAUUGAAAUAAUUGUCUUUAGAUAACAUUAUUUUUGUCAAUGUAUUUGUCCAUUAAUGUGACUGUUUCUUUAAGCUAAUGUAAAUAAGAAUAAAGAAACACUUCCAUCUA